AUGAAUGGCACAAUACCAGACACUCCCAACCGGGACAGAAAGCAAACGCCCGAGGAGGACUACGAGACCAUUGCCACGGUCCCAGUCGGGGCGCAUUCACUGACUCCCUCGCAACGAAUGACCCAACCCACCCAACUCGUCCAAAUGCCUCAUCCACACUCUCGUGGAUCCGUUGUUCAAGUGGCUGCUUCUUCGCCCACUGCCCCGGCCCAUUCACCCCCUCGCCGCGGUGGUAUAUUAUCCUCGCUCAUGGCUCCUUCUGGAACACACUUUCGUUCUCCAGCAACUACAGUCCGCCCUGCCAAAAGACCUUCUACAAUUGACAUAGACGACGGCCCCACCUAUAGAGGAGGCUCUUCUGAAGACGAAGAAAAUUACACAGUUCGUUCCACCGACAUCAAACCCGCCAUGUUUGAAAAAACUCGAAGCCCGGAGAAGGUUGCAGAGUCGCCCGUGCGUGCAAACGGCGCAAUGGAUCGUUUUAAGGAAAUCACCUCUGCUGCAGUUUACGACCCCUCGACCAACGGUGUCAAGCGCUCUGCUGAACAGAUGAGCCCCGCCGGACCCGACGAUGUUGCCAUGAAAAAGGCCCGACAGAAUGCACCCUCUCGCGCCAUGCCUGUGGCCAACCAGAUAUCUUCUUUGCAGGCCAUUGAGGAUUACCGAGUUCGAGUCAAGGUUGAGCGUAUUUUAAAAAUAUUUCCGGGAAAACCCGUCCACGAGUGCGUGGAGGCUCUCAUUAAAGCAAAUGGAAACUACGACGAAGCGCUGGACCGCCUCGCCGACCCCGAGGGCCUGGCAUUCAACAAUUCUAUUGUCAUUAAUUCGUCUGAUGACGAGUUGACUGCUUUGCCCACAGUGGCCCCUCUCCCAAUGGCCAAGCAACAAAUUAAGGCCCGUGGCACCAUUCAUGACAAAUGGGCUUCUCGCAAUCUAAAGACUUCCCGGGAUCAAAGCACACCUGAGGAUGUGAAGCCUCGAGGUCGUCUAAUCCGCGGCCCUCGAAACCGUGCUUCUCCCUCUGCGACAAUCACAAUUGACUCCGAUGAUAGUCAGCCCAAGCCAAAGGCUGGUCGUCUCCAGAAAGGCCGCCGCCGUGAGCCCUCUGUGGAGUCUGUUGAGGCUGACAUGACAGAUUCCGAGGAUGAAGAUGUGCAAAUGCAAGAUUCCACCGCUGGCGGUUUAAACACAAAGGUUUUGAAGUUCUUCAACACUUGCAGCGUCCGUGAUUUGGCAGACAUUGCCUCCAUCCCCGAGGACACCGCCAGUCACGUCACCACCCAUCGUCCUUUCGCCUCGCUCGAUGAUGUUCGCGCUAUUGAAGCCCCUGUUGACCCGAGCAAAGCCAAGGGCAAGGCCAAGCCACGCAAAGCUCCUAAGCCCAUUGGAGACAAGCUCGUUGACAAAUGCAUCGAGAUGUGGACUGGCUACCUCGCAAUCGAUUCUCUUGUGGCUCAGUGUGAAGCACUGGGUAAACCAGUAGCUGCGGAGAUGAAGAAAUGGGGUGUUGACAUAUUCGGAAAGCGUGAUGGUGAUUUCGAACUGACUUCGAUGAACGGCAACGCGCAUGAUUCCGGAAUUGCUACCCCUUCGUCUAAUCGCCAGUCACCUAAUGACUCCGAUGAUGACGGCCCAGUGGCCGUGGUCCGAAAGUCCAAGUCACAAAACAGCUUCAUUCCACAACCUUCGAUCAUGGCUGAAAGCCUGGUGAUGAAGGACUACCAAAUUGUGGGAAUCAACUGGUUGUCGCUGCUGUUUGAGAAGAAGCUGAGCUGCAUCCUUGCAGAUGACAUGGGUCUCGGUAAGACCUGCCAAGUCAUCGCUUUCCUUGCGGUUUUGUUUGAGCAGGGUAUAAAGGGGCCUCACCUUAUUGUUGUUCCAUCGUCUACAAUCGAAAACUGGCUUAGAGAGUUUCAAAAGUUCUGCCCAACUCUCUCAGUUAUUCCAUACUACGCCGGGCAGGCUGAGCGUGUCAAUCUUCGGGAGCAGAUUGAAGACAACCGUGAUGAGAUCAAUGUGGUCAUUACCACUUAUACCAUCGCCAGAUCGAAGGUUGACGCGAAGUUCCUUAGAGACCAGGACUUCAGUGUCUGUGUCUACGAUGAAGGCCACAUGCUGAAAAACCACCAGUCUCAGCUAUACGAUAAACUCGUCCGUAUUCCGGCUCGGUUCCGACUUCUCCUCACCGGUACACCUCUCCAGAACAACCUCCAAGAGCUGGCAUCCCUGCUAGGCUUCAUCCUUCCAGAUGUCUUCCGGGAGCACAAGGAUGACAUGAACUCCGUCUUCUCCAACAAGGCCAAGACUUCCGAUGAGUCUCAUGCCACUUUGCUCUCGGCCCAGCGCAUCGAGCGGGCCAAGUCUAUGCUGAAGCCCUUCGUGCUGCGUCGAAAGAAGCACCAAGUCAUCGACCUUCCAGCGAAAACCUCACACGUCAAGUACUGCAAAAUGAAGGCAUCCCAAGUUGAGAUCUACGAGCACGAGAAGGACCAAGUCCGCCAGCUCCUGGAAGAUCGUGCAGCAGGCAAAAAGACCGGAUCAAAAUCCGCCAACAUCCUUAUGAAACUCCGCCAAGCCGCAAUCCACCCUCUCCUCGCCCGUCGCCACUUCAAUGACGAGCGGAUCCGCAAAAUUUCCAAGGCAUGCCUCAAGGAUCCCCAGUGGGAAAUGUCUGACCCCGAAACCAUUUUCAGCGAACUGAAGAGCUACAACGACUUUGAGUGCCAUCGUCUCUGCGUCGACAACCCCAAACACCUGGGGAAGUUCAAACUACAAAACGACGAAUGGAUGGACUCAGGCAAAGUCGAGCAACUCCGUGAACUCCUCCUUAAGUUCAUCGAGAAUGGUGACCGGACCCUCAUCUUCUCGCAGUUCACGCUGGUCAUGGAUAUCCUAGAGCACGUCUUGGAGACGCUGCGGAUUGAAUUCGUCCGUUUGGACGGCCGGACUAAUGUCGAGGACCGGCAGUCCAUUCUGGACGCUUUCUACGAGAGGGAGGAGAUCCCUGUUUUCCUUCUGUCCACUAAGGCCGGUGGCGCCGGUAUCAAUUUGGCUUGUGCCAAUAAGGUCGUCAUCUUCGACUCCUCUUUCAAUCCACAGGAGGAUGUCCAGGCCGAGAACCGUGCGCACCGCGUUGGACAGACCCGUGACGUGGAGAUCUUCCGCUUCGUUACCAGUGGCACGAUUGAAGAGCAGAUCUAUGCCCUUGGACAGACGAAGCUCGCGCUCGAUCAUGCCGUCGCUGGCGAUGAUGACGGAGGCUCUGCUAAGGGAGAGGAAGCGGGCAUCAAGGCGGUGGAGUCGAUGUUGGUGGCGGAUAUGGAGAAGGAGAAGGAGUGA